ACCCGUGGGCUGCAGCACAUAAACUUUUCAUUAUUCUGUUGAUCUCGCGCUGCAUUGACAUUCAAAACGUUUGCGCUUCGCCUAUUUGAGCUCGGGAACGGACACGGGACCAUUGAAACCUGUGGCUGAACAUAAAUACUCCUGUCUUCUGUGUGGAGUGCACCAACUGUGGGGACGAGAAGUGAAAGGUUGCCACGCGCGGGCAGCUCCCGUGCCGAUUUUCCUGAGCUAUAUAUGCGGACAAAACGCCGCGGCUGCGCACGCCUCGCGCACACUGGUCCGCAGUGGCGGGUUGCGCGUGCGUUUGCGUGCACGCGGGCGCUGUUGUAAUUUCACGUCACAUCAAGUUUGAUCAGGGGUCCGAUUGGUCGAUCCGCCUGCGCUGUCCUGAAUUAAGAAGCGCCCUCUCUGUCAGCGCGUACUCGGUGUUUAUCCCGCAGUCCGAAUUAACCUGUCGGGAGUCGCGUGAGAUAGCCGCUGCACAUCUGGCGAAUUUUAUAGUCGCCCUCGCACCCGGUCUGGAUGUUGCGCGUGAUCUGAAGAUUUUUUAGAGGUCGGUGAAAAAUGCGGCGGCGAGCGCACGCGUGCGUCCUGCUCUUACCGUGGCUCAUACUGCAUAUCCACGCGGGCUUUCCGAAUCAGAUCAAUAUCGGUGGUCUCUUCAUGCGCUCAACGGUCCAGGAGCACAGUGCUUUCCGCUUUGCAGUUCAGCUUUAUAACACCAACCAGAACAUCACCGAGAAACCCUUUCAUCUGAAUUAUAACGUGGACAAUCUGGAGUCAUCCAACAGCUUCUCCGUCACGCACGCGUUCUGCUCUCAGUUCUCCAGGGGUGUGUAUGCAAUAUUUGGAUUCUACGACCGGAGGUCAAUGAACACGUUAACAUCGUUCUGUGGCGCUCUGCACACCUCCUUCAUCACUCCUUCUUUUCCCACGGACACAGAUGUGCAGUUUGUUUUGCAGAUGAGGCCUAGCCUCAGGGGGGCGCUGCUCAGCUUGCUAGCCCAUUACAAAUGGGAGAAGUUUGUCUAUUUGUAUGACACUGAUAGAGGGUUUUCCAUCCUACAGGCCAUAAUGGAAUCUGCGGUGAUGAAUAAUUGGCAGGUAACUGCACGUUCGGUGGGGAACAUAGUGGAUCCUCUGGAAUACAGGCGGAUUAUCGAAGAAAUGGACCGGCGUGAGGAGAAACGCUUUCUUAUUGACUGUGAGGUUGAACGUAUUAACGGUAUUCUUGAACAGGUUGUGCUCUCAGGAAAGAACAGCCGAGGAUAUCAUUACAUCCUGGCUAAUCUUGGGUUUUCUAACAUGAGUCUGGAUAAGGUGUUCUCAGGUGGCGCCAACAUAACCGGGUUUCAAAUCAUAAACCCCGAUAGUCCUAUUGUGCAGCAGUUCCUCCAGCGCUGGGACCGACUCGAUGAGAGAGAGUUUCCUGAGUCUACAAACACUCCGCUGAAGUACACCUCUGCCCUGACUCACGAUGCCAUCCUGGUAAUAGCUGAGGCAUUUCGGUAUUUGAGACGACAGCGCGUGGAUAUUUCCCGCCGAGGGAGUGCAGGCGAUUGCCUCGCCAAUCCAGCUGUUCCGUGGAGCCAGGGAAUCGACAUUGAGAGAGCUCUCAAAAUGGUACAGGUUCAGGGAAUGACCGGAAAUAUUCAGUUCGAUUCAUUCGGACGACGAUUGAAUUACACCAUUGAUGUUUAUGAAACAAAACCUGGAGGAGCCAGAAAGAUUGGCUACUGGAACGAGAAUGAGAAAUUUGUUUAUAUAGUGGAGCAGCAGGUUACCAACGAAUCCUCCUCUGUGGAAAACAGAACCAUUGUGGUCACUACUAUUAUGGAAGCUCCAUACGUAAUGUACAAGAGGAAUUAUAUGCAGACGGAAGGCAAUGAUCGAUACGAGGGCUACUGUGUAGACUUGGCAUCAGAAAUCGCCAAGCAUGUGGGCAUAAAGUACAAACUGUCUAUUGUGGCCGAUGGAAAGUACGGAGCUCGCGACCCCGAAACCAAGACCUGGAACGGCAUGGUGGGGGAGUUGGUGUAUGGGAGAGCGGAUAUAGCCGUGGCUCCCCUCACUAUAACCCUGGUACGAGAGGAGGUGAUAGAUUUCUCCAAGCCCUUCAUGAGUCUGGGCAUUUCCAUCAUGAUCAAGAAACCACAGAAGUCCAAGCCCGGGGUCUUUUCCUUCCUCGACCCGCUGGCGUAUGAGAUCUGGAUGUGCAUUGUGUUUGCCUACAUCGGUGUCAGCGUGGUUCUCUUCCUGGUGAGUCGUUUUAGUCCAUACGAAUGGCACCUGGAUGAAAAUGAAGAAGUGAAGGAUCCACAGACGCCACCUGACCCGCCCAACGACUUCGGCAUCUUUAACAGUCUCUGGUUCUCACUUGGAGCUUUCAUGCAGCAAGGAUGCGAUAUCUCACCAAGGUCUUUGUCUGGACGUAUAGUUGGGGGUGUGUGGUGGUUCUUCACUCUGAUCAUUAUUUCAUCCUACACUGCCAAUCUGGCCGCUUUCCUGACUGUGGAAAGAAUGGUGUCACCUAUAGAGAGCGCAGAAGACCUCGCCAAGCAGACCGAGAUCGCCUAUGGAACCCUGGACUCCGGUUCCACCAAAGAAUUCUUCAGGCGUUCAAAGAUUGCAGUCUAUGAGAAGAUGUGGUCUUAUAUGAAAUCGGCCGAGCCGUCCGUGUUCGUCAAAACGACCCCUGAUGGAGUGGCACGCGUGCGCAAGUCGAAGGGAAAGUUUGCGUUCCUGCUCGAGUCCACCAUGAACGAAUACAUCGAGCAGAGAAAGCCCUGCGACACUAUGAAGGUGGGAGGGAACCUGGACUCCAAGGGCUACGGUGUGGCCACGCCCAAAGGGUCGGCAUUAAGAAGUGCUGUAAACCUGGCGGUGUUAAAGCUGAACGAGCAGGGCCUCCUGGACAAGCUGAAAAAUAAAUGGUGGUACGACAAGGGAGAGUGCGGCAGCGGGGGAGGGGACUCGAAGGAUAAGACCAGUGCACUGAGUCUCAGUAACGUGGCUGGCGUGUUUUAUAUCCUGGUGGGGGGUCUGGGUCUUGCCAUGACUGUAGCUCUGGUGGAGUUCUGCUAUAAGUCGCACCAGGAGACCAAACGCCUCAAACUCGCCAAAAACACCCAGAACUUCAAACCAGCUCCUCCAUCUACCGCACAGAGUUUUACUACAUACAGAGAGGGCUAUAACGUCUAUGGAACCGAGAGCGUCAAGAUAUAAUGGUUGGAAGCCUGUCCCUGGCCGAUCAUAUCGUAUGUGGCGUGGGAUAGAUUCUCUCUCUCUCUCUGUCUGACUGCACUUCCCUUUAGAAAAUGGACACACUCUCAUCCAAAUAUCUCCUGAACACUCUUUUUCUGUUCUGACCACAACCUGAACCAAUUAUCAAGCGAUAGACUAUCGGAUGGAUGGACCAACCACCCACCGGCCCUCUCUCAGUGCCUUACUGAACCAGUGGCAGAACAUCAAAACAUGCAGGCCAUCUCACCAAAGUCCUCGAGAUGUCUUGCUGGGUGCUGGGUCUGAAAAUUGUAUCGGAUUAGAAGAGGAGAGACAGAGAAGGUUUGAUUUGGUUUAUCUCAUACUUGAUGAUGACACCGUUUUCACGAGUGACAAUAAUCGUGUCUCCAUGACAACUCACACAAGAAGGGUUGUCUGCAGAACAAAUUAUGCAAACUGUAGAAAACAUUAAUGAUUUUGUUUACUAAUUUGUAAAGCAGUCCUGUGAUUUUGUGUUCUCAACAUUAUAACCUGUUUGUCAUGAAAAAGUUUAGAUAUCUUCUGGCAUCAGAGAACUACUUGUCUGUGUUUUCAAUUCACAAUUUUUGAUCUUUUUCUUUAGCAACUUUAGUUUAGAUGAAGUGUCGUAUUUGUAUACAGUGCAGGUGUGAGCGUGUGUGAGAAAAUUUCUGUCUUCCUUCAGUAAACCUUAUUGUGGGAUUUUAAAAUACUUUAUUCUGUAAAAAAGAGACAUAAAAACAGCACAUUCAACAAGCAUCAGCAACAGGUUAAACAAAGAGAUUGCAAUUUUUCCACAAUGAUAAUCAUUUUACAAUUUAGAUGAGUUUUGUAAGUUUAAGUUUGAAUUCAUCGUUUAUAAUAGUUUUUUGUUAAUUUACUGUGAUCGUCGCUGGAAUAAAAGGGACCUCUUUUCAUUGUAUUGAUAACAAUAAGAAAACAUGAAUCUUUCAUUUUAUAAAUCCGCAUAGCAACACUGUUUAAAUUGCGUUAGUUGGUAAUAUGCAGAUUUAUUUAGAAGAAUUUAUAUCGCGGAUUUCUAAGUAAAAUUGCAUGUAAGGAUGAAAACAGCUUUCCCAUCAAUGAGGCCUCCCCAACCCUCCCUGGUUCAACCCUCUGCUUCUCCUUUAUCCAUGUUUAGUUCAAAAAAGUAUAAAAGAGACAGAAUAAAAAAGUAAGAAGCGAUGGAGAUACAUCCUGAGGGAAGCAAUGAUCUCUUCCACUUGCAUGACUGCAUCCGACUCUUGAAUAAUUGCAUUUAUUUUGUAAAUAAAGACCGAUUUAA